AUGAAUCUGACAGUAAAACUCGACCGCAUCGCUGCUACGGGGGGACAGUGGAGUCCAUGUUUUAAUACCGAUCAGGGCGACGACUUGGCGAGUAUGAAGUCACGUCAUGGUGGAGACGAGACCAUAAAACAGGAACCUCUCAGUACCAUGAUCCUCGUGGUCAAAGACGGCGUUUACAACUUACUGACGCCUGUUUACAUCCACUCAGCUGAUGGUCCGUUUUCAUUGGCUAAUGACGCAGAUGCAGGUUCAGGUUUAUUUGCAUAUAGAGUGAAGAAGUGAGAUCUGAUCACGAGUGGUCGCCAGAGACGCAGAUGGAGAUGUAUGUUAAUGUCAGGUGUGAAGAGGCGCUCUCUGAGCUGAGAUUACCCAGCAUGCAUGUUGAUACCACAUGUAAACGGUCUCUAGGUGCUCAGGCAGAGAGGGCCAAACAGACUCAUGCUGGGAUUAAUAAACAUCUGACAAACUCUAAAAUACCUGCAAACCCCUGACCAGGGCCCAGGGGUCGAGUUGCUCCGACUGCAGGUGGACUAAGUGGGCUGAUUUAAAGGUACAUGGACCUGGUCUUUGUGGGGUCAAAAUCUAACCUGACCAGAGAGGUGAGGUGAGGUAGUCUGACCAAAAUGGUUGUUGUACCAGGAUGUAAACAUCAUCAGAAUGGGUGUGUAUGUGGUUGAAAGGGUUUCUGCAGCAAGCCUCUAGUGGACACUGAAGGAACUGCAGCUUUUAAACCCCAAAUUGCCACAGCAUCCAGAACGGCUAUGAAAAGGAUGUAACCGGCGAUCGUAGCUGAUCGUAACCAUUCAAGCUAAUCUGUCAAUUUCCACCUGCUUCUUUCCGUUCGGAUGCGGAUCGCCGGACUCCACAGCUGAUCGCAAGAGUUCUAUUUACCAGAUGCAGGAGCAUGGCGGAAAGGAAGUCGGGCACAGACACAAAAUAAAACAUCCGGCUUCUUUUCAAAAUAAAACACUCCGUGUUUCAGGAGGAUCGUAUUUCACACCAUGCAAACGGGCGGAGACGAACAAGUGAAAGGUUUUUAGACGUCAUUUCACCCCGAUGACACCAUGGAUGAGGAGAUGCUGAUUCUAGAAGUCUAGAAGUAGAUUUCCUCCUCUGGAAGGACACAAUCUACUGCUUGUAUGGUUAGCCUCUGUGGCUAAAGACAACUCGUUAUGCGAUUGCACGUGAUUCCGGAAGUUCUUGUGAGUUCUUGCAAUUCCAGUUGUCUGUAGUCCACCACGAAAUUCACCUCACAAACAGAUCUGGUAGGAAAUGGCGUACGGCAAAAAUUGCUGCCAUUCCAGAUCGGAGCCGUUCCGGAUACAGUGGAAAUCCUGGGUCACACUUCCACACUGGCUUCAUUUACAAAGACGAGAGGUUGCUGCUUCGUUCUCCAUCUACACACGUCUGUUUUUUCUGUUUUAUAUUUAAGGUGGAAAAACUAUUCAGGACUUCAUCUGGACCUGAAAACUGGACCUGAACCUCCUUCAUAAGUGAGGGAGUGUACGAGGAAGCAGACCCUCUAACUCUCCUCUGUUUACACCUACAGUCAUGACUCUUCAGCACCAGUUUCCUGCACGUUCAGGUUGACAGAAAAUAACACACAGCUCUGCACGCACCACGCCGACCUUGAGAAAUAUGCAACGCUGCACGUAGCCAGAAGUGGAGCUGCCGACUCGGUGCGCAUUCCAGAUUCCGAGCAUCUGGUUCCCCGGGUGGCCCUCUACAUCAGAUGGGAUCUGAGAUGUCUGGAAGCCUUCAGUGGUCCCCAUUUGUUUUAAUCUGCUGCUCAGGUGUUAAUCUAUCACUCAGACAGAGUCGUCUCUCCACGGCAGGUGAGACGUGGCUGUCUGGACGGAUUCAUCGGCACCUUUUGAGUUUGAACGUUUGAGGACGACGGAUACACAAAAGGCCGAGGAUGCUGGAGAAGUAAUUCUGUCGUGGAGGUAGAGUUCAGGGUUUGUUUGUCCAAGUUUGCAGCACUGCGGCGACCUCAAACAGUGACUAUCUUGUUCCUCCGUGUUUGAAAACUUGCAGAAGAAGGAAAGGAGGCAAAGAGAGGCCACGUUAGAGAGACACAAAGAGAGGAGCGUGCUUGCUGGUUUGUGUAAUUGUGCCGACCUGAUUGGCAGUGAAAGAAAAACGAUUUCUUUAUCUCCUUCCUCAGUACCGGGAAACGGGAGCGAGGGGAGAAAAAAGACGAAAGUGUAAAACAGUGUGUGCUUCUGGGUGUGUGUUUGUGAGUGUACAUGUACAAGGUGUGUAAAGAAGCGCGGUGAUAAAGAGGCUGCGAAAGACAGCAAUGAGAAAAAGAGAGGAUGUGAUUAGAGAGAGAAAAGAGCGGGUUCUGAACUAUUGAACGGCCUAUCUGGCUGUGUACGCAGCCAUCUGUACGCGGGGCCCUGAACCCAUUUAAAUUCAGGACGAUUGCACUGUUUCUCAAAUCCUUCAAGCUGAAUGCUUUUUGCAACUCACCGACGGCCGGCUCUGCAGAGAAACACUGCGGCGGUGAAGACGAACAACAGCAGCGCACCAAGGGCAGAGCUCUUUGUCUGCGAAGAAAGGCGACAUUAUCUACCUUUACGACUCUCUUUUAACAGCUUCUCUCCUGCCGUUUUCUCUGCGCGGCUUUCUUAUUUCCUGACAUUUUGUUGGUGAUAAGCUCUUUGGUGUGCGGGGCUUCUGUAGACAACACCACACAGGUCACGUUUCAGUGUGGCCGGAACUGUAAAGUGGACAGAGACCACCACCACCAGGACCUGAACGUGACCUCAGAGCUGGAUCAGCAGCCGACCGAAACACGACCGCACAGGGUUGAAUCAGCGGUGACAUCGCCAACGAUAACUCGCUAAUGCUAAUACUUGGCGCACUCUUGCAUAUGAGUCCAAGGUAGAGCCACGUAAGAAAAUAUCGAACUUUUACGGUGUGGCGGCUUUAAUCUAGCCAUGACGGUGCGUCGGUGUUGAUGCGUCACAACAACAAUAUUAAAGGCGGCUUUAUGCCUCUGCAUCUGAUCGAUGUCAUACCUGAGCAACAAAAGGUGACCACGUCGCUAAGCAACAUCGACACUCGUCAUGUCACCACUUUAUGGUCACGCGACGUUCUGUCCAAACAAUGGCGACUGAAUCGCAGCCUCAACAAGUUUGAUUGUAAGUCGAUGAAUAUGUGUCGAAGAUAAAACAUACGUUUCUCAAAAGAGCGUUUAAUUAGCUUGAUGUGAGUGUCGGGGUUAAAGUCUCAAAGACGAGCAAAAUCUGGCAGCAGAAAGCUGUAGCCUUGCUUGAGGGCAGUUUCUCAUAAAAGGGGCGGAGCUUCUCUAUUGCUCAUCCAUUGGUUGUGGUUGUGUCACGUCACUGCGACUUGCGAGAAUAUCAAACUCAGGACUAGGAAAAGACUGAUAUAAGAUUGAGAUGACCAUUGGUUGUUGGUUUGUGUUACGUCACUGCAACUUGCGAUAAUAUCAAACUCAGGACUAGGAAAAGACUGAUAUAAAACAGCGUAGACAACCGCCUUAAACUUGAGGAUUGCGAUGACAGGAGCGCGUUGUGACUCCGCUGUAGGGCUGUAAAGUCCUUGUCGACUUAUUAGUCGAUACAUGCUGAGUCGACCAUAAUUCUGAUUGGUCGACUCGAUUUUUUUCCGUGUCAAUUUACAGUCUAUGGUUAAUUUUAUCAGGAGGAACGUACCAAGUGCAAACGGGGGUGUUUUCAGAGCACCUCUGUUUCACAGGUAAUAGUCUUGUCUCAGAACACCCCCCUUGUUUUCACCAUUUUGGAUUCGCCCAACCCACUAGACAGGAAGAUAGAAGAGCGUCCACGUUAAUCGACAUCCAGUAGUUUGCUAUCUUCUUGUAUUGAUACCGUAUAUUUACACCCCCCCACGAUUAGUCAAAAAUUUCAGGAUUUUAGUCGACCAAGAGUUUCUGUGGUUGAUUACCACCAUACUCGGCUGUGACUCCAGUGAAAAUCUGAGAUUUACUUAGACUUUGAUUUUAGUCUGGGACUGUAAAACUUGUUCAGUAGAAGCUCAGCAUUACUCGUACAACCUCACUCCAAAAUUCAUGACAUAUUUUGACCUCCCUCUCUCCAAAGUCUACGACCAGUAUCCUCCAAAUUGCGUCCAGGACACUCUCGAUGCCGGCUGUAGUUAAACGCACUCACAUGAUCAGGAUCGAACAUUUCUCUCCGUCCACACCAGUUGAGGCUCCAGAAGAGCACUUUAGCUUCCAGCUUGACCUGCUUUUUAAACGCCCAGUACUCUUUGUGAAAGCGGCGUUUCCGAUGACGCGUUUGGUGUAUCUGAGCGUUUUUUUUUCCAGGAUUCAGAAAUGCCCCGAGUCUGUGCAUCUCCGCGCUGUUAGGAAAUCACAAAGCACUCAAAUCAGUGCAUCUCAUCAGCACCUAUUCCAUCAACACUCGGCCGCCGACACUCAAGUGCAGCCUUCAAUUUCAGAGAGUGAUGGAUGGGCUGGCGGUGCAGGGGGGAGGGAUGAUGAACCCCAAUCAGGGGGCUCCGCCGGGACUGUUAUCAAUGGGCUACUUCCUGAAACAUCUGCUCCCCGGUUAUCCAUCAUCAGACAACCAGAGGAGCCGUCACAGCCAAUGACGGUCUCAGCUGCGAGGUCUCUGGCAGGAGGCGGACACGCGACGACACCUUUUGAGGUUUUCAUCACGGCGUUUUGUCAUUACAUGAUCAAAGUGAUAGUGGGACGGACUUUGACAAGGACAGUGUUCCCAGGCUGCAAUAAAUCAGCGAUUUCCUCUGAUGAUAAGAGGCGGCGGCGGCGGCGGGCCGUGAUAGAUUUCUGCGGAGAAGCCUUGAGUACACGGCGUACGUACGGCUGA